AUGACUACAAACAACGCGACAUUUGGUCCCUACAACAAUUCCAAUAAUCAACAGCAACAUUCGGCUGCUUCAACAAGUGGAGGUCCUUCAUCUCGUCCUUAUCAAUCACAACAGCAAAACAAUAACGGCCAUCAUCAACGCCCACCGCCAUCAUUUCGUUCAGUCAGUAGAAGUGAAGGAGGGGGUGGAGGAGGUCAACAGCAACAACAACGUGGAAGAGUACAGACAGAUGUUUGGAGAAAAGGAGGAGGAAAUUCUUCAAAUUUCGGUGGUAAUUAUUCAAGAGAUGAAGAUAUUAGACCGAGAGGUGGUAGUAGUGGAGGAUUUUAUAAUCAACGUAGAAAUACUAAUGACAAUCGUUGGAUUAGAAGAAAUCAUCCUAAUGCUCCGCCGCCUUUGACUUUGGAACAGAGAAGGACGAGAGGACCUUUGCCUGAUUGGGAUGAGGUUCAAGAAGCUGGUGCUGAAGAAAGUUUUGAUUAUAUGGAUUUAAUGGAGACUCAAUAUUCGCAAUAUUAUGCCCUCACAGCUGUUCCACCAUUUGACCCUUCUUUGGGACAAAUAAUUGCUACAGCAAAUACUGGAGACCCUACUGGAGCUGCUACUGCUGCAAUGUUCCCAACUGUUUAUCAAACUGCUGCCUUAUUACAACCUAAUUAUCUUCAAAAUUUGCAGAGUCGUAUUGCUUUGGCUGCAGCGUUAGUUUUUUUAUUUUUCAAAAAUUUUUUAUUGAGAGUUUUCUCCGAAAUUAUUUUUUGCAAAUUUUUUUCCAAAUUGUUUGUUGACUUAUCUUUAAUAUGGCGUAGUGACAGAAGACCCACAGACAGAAGACCCAAGGACAGAAGACCCACAGACAGAAGACCCACGGACAAAAGACCCACAAGGAAAAAUUUUUAA